AUGUCUUCAUUAUCCGUACAUGAUCUGCGGUUCAAAAAGCUCGAGGACUUGGAAAAAGCGGCGAAGGUGACCAAGCUGUCAACAAUACGCUUUUUGAAUCAAAAAAGGUAACUCUUGAUAUCAGAUAUUGCUUUAUUCUUGAUUUCUAGUCAUGUAAAUGCUUUGUUUCUCCGAAUUCUACGAGUCUUCAACUAUGGGAUACAAUCUGAGGACCCUGAGAGUUGUUUCAUACUGUUGUCACGUGUGCAAGAGCUGAUUAGGAUAUUUUUGAAAGAUAGGAAAUGGGCGGAUCUAAAGUCAAGAGUAAGUUUAAUAUAGGCUUGUGUAAUAAUUGCCUCUUUCUUACAUUCCUAUCAUAGGUUUCCUUUCCAGAACCAGUAUGGUUUGAAAUUGGAGGCGUAUGCAAAUGAAUCCGAGGAAGUUGUGAGAUCGCUCAAGUAUAAAUUGAGGAAUGUUUACUCCCCCAGAUCAAUGCACCGUUUUCUCCGUUGGAUAAAAUGGUCAGAUCUGUUGGAAAUGAGAACCGGGAAGAACCUCCUGAUUGAUUUUAGUUACGAUAAUCGAUCGUCUUGCGCAAGAUUUACGAGGGUUUACAUUAAGCCGUCUUUUAUUACUAGAAAGUAAAGUAAUUUCAUUUUUUGAUCUUUUAUUUUAAUAUCUUGAUGGUUCUAUCGCUAUAAUAUGUUGCAGUGUGCAGUUCUACGCCUUACUAAUGCAUCUUCCGCCCGAGGCGCGCAACAUCCUACUGAAUAUUACUGAUUUUGAUCGCGUUAUACUAACUUCGGACAAGAAUUCUCCGAACUUUGAAUAUAUCUAUGAUGCAAUCGAGAUGGAGAACUGCAGAUUCAGACCUCGGCAACCUCCAGUCUUGGUUAUAAAGGGUUCGGACACCCAUGCGAUGAUCUGUUGUCGUCAGGUCUGUCUUUUGUCAUCUACUCUUUAGCCUUACAUCAAUAUCCAAGCAAUUUAUUAUUCCACUUCCUAUGAAUUGUGUUCUUCUUGGUCGGGAAGUUGUAUCUUUGCGCGUGAGAUUUAUGAAUUGCUUCGAAAGGACUUUACUUUGGGAUUAAUUUUAGAUGAGAAUCGGGAUUUUGACAGUGAGCGACACUUGCUCAGAAAAUCCAGAGAAGGACAAAAGCGGGCCAAUCUUAUUAGAGAAUCUACAGACAUCCAUAAUUUUGAAGAAUCCGGUGUUUUCCACCGCGAUUGUAGCGGAUGACAAGGAUAAGAUAAAGAAGCAGUUGAUGUAAGAUAUAUCUGACUACUUUAUAUUUUGUAUUACAGUUUGUGGGCCAAGGAUCAUCAUGUGAUUAUAACGACGGGUGGAACCGGCUUCGCACCACGUGAUGUGACUCCGGAAGCGACCAGAGAAGUGAUUCAGAAGCCGUGUCCCGGGAUUGUGGUGGCUCUUAUCCAAGAAGGUCUAAAAUUUACUCCCAUGGCGGCGUUGAGUCGACCCGAGGCCGGUAAGAAUUUAGCCCCGAGGGUUUGGGUUUCAAGUUCCGGGAGAGGCGGACAUUAAAUGUCCGUAUGAUCUCUCUUUAUGGGAUCCACAGCAUCCGGUUUCCGGCAUUUUAUGCAAAUAUUUUAGAAACCCUGUGAACCAUAUUGACUUGGGGAAGAUUAAACAAAGGAAACGAAUUAGAGAAAGACUUUUGACUUUUGGGUCCGGUAUUUUCAAGAUUUCAUAUGACUUUAUCAUUGGGUUUUUAAAUUUGUUUUCGUGUUCCGGAUUUCACUUAUUUUUAUGCAAAACCCCUUAGGCGGUUACCGUACCCCUCCUAUUAUAAUGAUCGAAACCUUUUUUUGCCUAGCCAACGUGACUUCCGACCCUUCUCGAAUAUCUUAUUUUCAGGAAUUUGUGGCCAAUGCCUGAUAGUCAACCUCCCUGGAAGUCCCAAGGCCUGCCAACAAAGUUUGCCCGUCCUGGAGCCCCUCCUCAACCACGCCGUCCAACUCCUUCGACCUGAAAUCUCGGCCGAUUCCUCGCAUCCCAACUGA